AUGAAUGGCCCGACCAACAUCACUGGCAAGUCCGAGCCGCGGCGACAGAUGCAUUCGUGCGAUACGUGCCGCCGUCGGAAGAUCAAGUGCGACUCGGUGAACAAGUCUCGUUGCAGUGCGUGUCACAAAUCCGGAGUGGAUUGUAGCUUUACUGUCAAAUGGAGGAGACUGGACAGUCGGCGGUCCGAAAUUUCGAGGACACCGGGGGAAUCCUCUGCAGAUACCCUCCCCGCGCCUCCGCGCUCUGAUGGCUUGGGAGACACCAUCCCAUUCACCGACCUUUCCACAACCCUUGACAGUGGUCGGGAGGAGAGCGAACCGCGCUGCUAUGCCCAAGAUAGUCUCUCCCAGUUCUUCCACAAGAGCGUCUGGUCGUCUGGAUGGGCCGAGUUCGACGACUACGAACGCCUGCGCCUGGCCUACAUCGGGACUCCUGUCUCGAAUUUUGCUCACCUAGUCAAUUUGAACCAGAGAGGACAGCGGUUCUUGACCUACCCGCAUCCUCGCAUUCACCCACAUCUCCCUUGGCAGCCCAACCCUGAAGACUAUCUGAACAGGGCCCCGACCGUAGACAGCAUCCGCCAGCUGAGCUCGUUCCCGGCCAAGGAGAUCCGCGACGAACUAGUCGAGGCCUUUUUCGAAAAGAUUCACCCCUGCUUUCCCGUGUUGGAUGAAGCUGGCUUUCGUAUCCUGUACAAUGAUCCCAACAAUCCCCCACCUUUGAUUGUUUUCCAGGCGGUCUUGCUAGCAGGGGCGCAUGUCUGCGACCACCCCAAGGUAGCCGAUUCGCGACAAACGGUCAAGUCAAUUCUCUACCGUCGAACCAAACUCCUGUUUGAUAUGCGAUACGAGAACAAUAGGCUCUACCUGAUUCAAGCUGCCUUACUUCUCACAUGGUAUCUUGAGGAUGCCGAUUCUGUGAGUCUCAACAGCUAUCACUGGGUAGGAGUAGCGUGCCGGAUAGCAUUUGGCAUUGGACUGCAUCGCAAUCUUCUGAACGACCCAAACACUCCUGAUCGGAUGCCUUUGUCUGACCGGAGGCUAUAUCGACGGGUGUGGUGGGUGCUGUAUCAGGUCGAGAUCAUGUCGGCGCUCGAGCACGGAAGACCGUCGCUGAUUCACUGUGACGAUUUCGACCAGCCUCCAUUGGAGCAGAAUGAUCUGCGUGAAGUCAACGGCCAGAUCAACCAAAAGAUCAAUUUUGAGUAUUGUUCCAAGAACAUUGAGCUGUGCCGUAUGAUACUCGACAUCCUCAGCGCCACGUCUCCUGGGGCUCUCCUUCGAGGCGAAUGUCCAAACCUUGAAUCCCUCAACGCUGGCCUCGUGAAAUGGGCUAUAUCAGUUGCGCCAGGCAACACCUUCCCGAGUCUUCAACUGCAACUCCACUAUCAGACCGUCAUCCUUCAUUUGCACCGGCUCUUCCUCGACGGGGAUGACCGGAUAGCCAUGUCGCCAGAUUCCAGUGAUCAGUGCAACGCCGCAGCACAGGCGAUUUUGUCCAUCUUUGAUGCCAUCAUUCGACUCGGUGUCUUGAAACAGUGCUACUUUCCAUCUGUCAUGGCGCUCAUUGCGGCGGGCGUCAACAUAUCUCGGGUUAUCGAGAAGCUCGUCGACAAAGGCUCGAAAUUGCUCACCUUGAACGCCAUCCGAAACCUGGAGACGGUGGUUCAGACCGCCGAGCUGUUGAAAAAGUCAUGGGCCAACGCUGAGGGUGUCGAGAAACUAUUCCGGAUCUUGGUUGACCGGUACAAGGAUUGUCUGCACGGAGAACAAUACAGUCAAGACGUCCCUGCAACCACCGACUUCUGCAACUUUGAUUGGGAGGCUAUGCUGCUUUUCGAUCCCCAGCCCGGACUGCCAGAUCUAGAAUGGAUGGACGCCGGACCAGACCAUUAG